GUAACUCUUGCACUAGAAUAUAACUCAUGUUACUCUCUCUGGUGCUUAUUCUCUCACGUUUCGUAUAUGCAAUGUAAAUCGCGUGUAUGCAAAAUGUAACUUCAGAUAAGUUGAAAUAUAAACCGUGUGUAUGCAAAAUGUAACUUUUAGGCAAGUUGAAUUAUACUUGGCUUUAUUGGUGAUAUUGGUUGGGUCAGUAAAUUGAUGCAACCGAUAAGGAAUUUCUUCUCUAUGCACCAAGAUUUUUUGGGAAUAAGGUUUGAAUGUUGUGUGCACCAAGAUGUUUCUCGACCUUUAGGUUAUUAAUAAUGAAUUUAUAUUUAAUAAGGAUGUUAUUUUGGCAUUUCAUGGAACCAUCAGCAAGCCAUUUGAGAGAGCAGAACAGUGGGGAUUAUAAUGGUUCAAUUGUUCCCCAAAAAAUCUGGAUUGGGAAUGGUGCAACUGGGUUCUUCCGGGAAGUUGUUACGAAAAACCUACCUCUGUUCUGCAGCACAUGUUGUAGGUAUGGUCACUUACUGAAUGCAUCAAUCUGGCCUCUGUUGAAAUAGAAUGUGUUGUACCUGCUACCCCUAUUGAUAAUACUCCUAUCUGUAAUACUGUCUGAUGAUAAUCAGGUCCCCCUUGUGACUGAAAUUCCUGGUUAUGCUGUAAUUGCAACUAAUUCUGUCCUUACAGCUGUCCGUCAUGAUACUACAGUCUCUAGUGUGACUGAGGGGUUAUUGUUAAUGCUGAUACAGUCCCUUUUCCUGUCCCUAUUGAUGGCUCUUUUGGAAAUUCUGAUUGUGCUGUAAUUGCCCCAAUUUCUGUCCAAAAUGCUAUACGUGAUAUUGCUCAGGAUAACCUUGUGGCAGAGACUUUUGGUGAUGCUGAUACACUACCAUUUUCUGACCCUAUUGACGGCUCUUUUGCAAAUUGUGAUUGUGCUAUAACUGCUACUGUCCAAAAUGCUUUAUGAUGUAGUCCCAAAUGAUGUUGCUCUGUUCACUGAUGCCCCAGCUGUCCCAACGGCCUAUGAGGAUAGACUGAUGCCACAUCCCUUGUUGAUUGUUACUACAGAAAAAGCUACAGCUUCAGGAUAUGCUACAGCAGCUGAUGUAGUCUAUACUAAUUCAAAUGCUGUUAACCAGCAGGAAGCCCUUCCUAAUCAUGAUGCCCCGGUGGCUACCCGUACCGAGGCGGUAACCGGUGGUUUUCAACAUUUGGUGAGCUGUGUUACCACAGAUUUAGUUGCUGCCACAACUAACAGUGAGGACCGAACUGGAUAUGAUGAGAACAUCUCUAAUCUCCCGAUUGAUAUUCCAGAUACUAUGCUUGGCCCAAUACCGUCCAAUGAUGAAAAUCUUUCUGAAGGACAGAAAAAAAUUUAACUCUUUGUGUUUCAGGUCAUUUCGAUACCAUUCCAAUUGAAGAGGAACAACUCGAAAGCUUUACGCAGGUCACAAGAAGAAGAAACUCUAAUCCAAAAAACGCACCGAACAAAGAGACUGAAGAUGUACAACUAUUCUUCAAAAUGGGAUAUACAUCACAUCCCAUGAUCACCAGGAGCCAGUCCAAAAAAUCGCAAGACGAGACGAACUACUUUCUCUACCCGGUCGACAAGAGACUAGACUCCCCACAAAAACUAGUGGCUGCCCUGAGGAAAUUCAAAUUAUCCCACCCAAAGGACACGUUUCACUGUCCCUAUCUACAUAAGGCAAUAAAGUUUCACAAGUUCAACAGAUCUAUCUCUGCAUCACAUGGAAUUCCGUCAAAAAAAAUAAUUGCUAAUGUAAUUUGUUCCUUCUUUAAAGUUUGAUUUCAUUUUUGUACUUUCAAUCUAUUGUACUCUCAAGUUAUUUUUAAUAAAUUCGGGAGGUGUUCCCCGGCACCCCCACCUAGUGUGCUUUUUUCCGGGACCCAAAAAAAUGGUUCAAGCAUUCAUCUAACCUCCCUGUUUUCUUGUAUUCCAUCUUGUUAUUUUCUUUAUUUACCUAGCAUUUCUACUUCAUGAUGAUAUUUUCCCAUCUCAAUUACACUUGGCGUAAAAUACGAUGGAAAAAUAAUAGGGAAAAUGGAAACUAAUAAUCCAACCUUUUAGCAAUCUUCUUAUAAUAGUCCCACCUUUUCGUUAUUCAAGAAUAAUCCAACUUUUGCACCCCAUCUUCAUUCGCUGGUCCCUGAUCGAUUAAUGACCUGCUAUUCCAAGUUAUUUUCUUAUCUUUGCAAAAUAUUAUCAUUGUAAAAGGUGAGAUUUAUGGUAUAAUGAUUUGCAAAGAUAAUAAAAUAACUUGGAAUAGGAGGUCAUCAACCGAUCAGAGACCAGUGAAUGAAGAUGAGGUGCAAAGGUUGGAUUAUUCAUGAAUAACGAAAAGGUGGGACUAUUGUAAGAAGACCGCUAAAAGGUUGGAUUAUUAGUUUCCAUUUUCCCAAAAUAAUAUCCACCUUAUGCAACAAUCAUAGGACAGGGGCCUACCAAUUGAUAGUGGGUUUUAGGAGCUAAUUUCUUUCGUGUAUAGACUAAACUAUGAAGCAUUAAUUUGUCCAUUAAUACCAACAAUAAUGAUAUUCCAAUGGUAGUGUUAUACUGUUUUUUCUCAAAAAUUAAGAGAUUAAAACUCAAUAAUCAAUUAAAGCAUAAACCGUUCAAAUAUUAAGACAUUCGCAUAAUUUCG